AUGGGCUUCAAGGUGAUCAUUGUUGGAGGCAGUAUCUCCGGGCUGUCUCUAGCCAACAUGCUGGAAAAGUUCGACAUUGAGUAUGUUCUUCUUGAAGGCCACUCAGUCAUUGCGCCCCAGCUCGGCGCCAGUCUUGGGCUAUUGCCGAGCGGCUUGCGCAUUCUUGACCAACUUGGUUGUUACGAAAAGAUCAAGGAACUUGCCGGCAAUACGUACUACUCUGCCAGCAUGCGCUUGUUCAGUGGAGAGACAUGGGUUGAUAAGGAACCCGUCACGUUUUCCGAAAAGCUGGAGGACAGUUCAAGAAUCGAGUCAUGA